CUCAGACGGAACAAGUGCCGAAUUACGACCCCGAUCACAGGACUCUUGCGGUGUUAUGAGCUAUGAACUCCCGCUGAUUAGCUGAACAUAUAUCGAUCUUUUUUAUUAAGUAAAGAUUGUGUAGUCCCCAGAUGUCGGAGCGGAUAUCAGUUUCUGUGAGACUUUUUCUGAUUCACCUUACAGCCUAUUACUUUGCUGAAUGAAUAUAACGGUAUGCCUCGUGUUGCAAGAGCUGUUCAAACUGAAAUAAAACUUGGAGUUAACACAACCUACAAGCGUGUGUGAUUAACGUGACAAAGUCCUUCACUGUAACCACUACUACUUCUGGCCUGACCUCAGGAAGGGAGCCACAGAGAUACACCGGGUAAUGAAACCAGGAGGCCUGAUGGUGACCACACUGAGGCUGUCUAACAUGGCUGCUUUGGCAGCAAAGCAAGUGAUGCCAGGGGAGAACUGGCGCCCGGAGGCCUACAUGACAGCUCUGAGAGACUCUGGCUGAUGUCAGGAUGGAGGACAGACAGCUGAAAUACAUUUCUUUUUGCAGACUGAAAUCAAACUAAGAGACUGUAUAUCUUCUAUCCUACCUUUGUGACAGUGAGGUUUUGUAUGAUUACAUUAAAUUUUCAAGUUUCACCUUGUGAAGAUAGGAAUGUUAUAACUGCAGUUAUAAACAAAUACAUGAAUAGCAAUUUCUCACCAUAAGCACUAUCAGUUCGCCUCAAUGGUAGAAUCUUACCAUACAUGCUGAACAUUUUACAUUAGUUAUAUCAAUGAAAGAUGUAGUGAUAAUAAUACACACUGGGCACAGUACACUUUCAUGUUGUUACUGGACUGGGAGGACACAAAUGCAUAUGUUGUAAAAUCUACACCUAUGCUUCAGAUUGCAUGUACUGAAAACAGGAGUAACCUGUUAGUGGAAAUCCUAAGCUGACAUAAAGGGCGGUGACAUUUCCAUGACUGCACUUGAUGAGCCCGAACCAGCAGCAUACUUAUGAGAGCGUUGCAUAAAUUAACUCUUUUAAAAGUCUGAGAGAAAGCUGUUGCCUUAGUUUCACAAUGCAGUUAAAUAUCUGAAGGAGAAAUUCUGGGAGUGAGUGAUUUAAAUACAGCGGGAGAUUGUGUGAAGUGACCGAGAGGAAGACAAACACACCGACGCUUGUGUUUACAGGAGAGACACACUGCUCACAGGAACAAGCAACUGACCGACCAACUCGGUAAGUGAUGUGGGCUGAAAGAUUGGUGAAACAGUUGGGCCACCCGACACGGUCAGUGGGAGGGUGGCUGAUGAGUAGGUUGUUCGUAGUGCGCAACCGGGUCCUUGAGGAGAAUGCUGUGCAGCUGUGCCGGAUCCAACCUGAUGACACAGUGCUGGAGCUGGGUCAUGGCCUGGGUCUGGGUCUGAAGUCAGCCGCCAAACUGCUCACAGAGCCCACAGGCCACCUCAUAGGGGUGGAUUACUCAGCGUACAUGCAUAAGGAGGCAAGUGAGCGAAUGAAGGACCUUGUGGCCAGUGGGAAAGUGACCCUGCAUCACUGUGAUGUAGCAGCAAUGCCUCUGGAAGACAACACUGUGGAUAAAGUCUUUCACUGUAACUGCUACUACUUCUGGCCUGACCUCAGGAAGGGAGCCUCAGAAAUACACCGGGUAAUGAAACCAGGAGGCCUGAUGGUGACCACACUGAGGCUGUCUAGCGUGGCUGCUUUGGCAGCAAAGCGAGUGAUGCCAGGGGAGAACUGGCGCCCGGAGGCCUACAUGACAGCUCUGAGAGACUCUGGGUUCACUGAUGUCAGGAUGGAGGACAGACAGCUGAAAUACAUUUCUUUUCAAGCUAUCUAUGCCACUGCCUCAAAAUGAGAUUCAAACUGCACACUGCAAGUGAGAGAUUUUGUGUCUUCGACCCUACUGAUGUGAUUGUGAGUUUUUGUGAGAUUGAGUGUAUUUCUGACCCUCGACUCUCCUUUCUGUGGCAGAUUUCAAAUGACUAAAUGAAAACAUAUCAAACACAGAAAUUCCAUUCAAUGAAAUACACAAUGUUAUUUGCAUUAAUUGUUUUAUAUGGUGACAUGAACUGACCGUGCAUGCUUGUACAUUAAAAUCUACAGAAAACAAAGUGAAGAGAUAUGUUCCAGUCUUGCCCAACAGAGGGCAGCAUAGAACUGCCAGUGCUUAUUGGGAAAGCACUGUCAGUGUU